UGGCAACAUUAGUCGUCUAAAUUUGUACAAUGGCGGCUAUGUCCCCGUCGGAGCGACGUUUGCAAAAAGAACUCAUGUCGUUAAUGAAAGAACCUCCACCGGGUGUUACUGUGGACGGAGACCAGGCCAGCCAAAAUCUGACAUUAUGGACAGUUCAUAUGGAAGGAGUGCCCGGCACGUUGUAUGAGGGUGAAAAAUUCGUACUUCAGUUCAAAUUCACAAAUAAAUAUCCAUUUGAUUCUCCAGAGGUAACAUUCAUUGGUAACAACAUCCCGGUCCAUCCGCAUGUGUAUUCAAACGGCCACAUCUGCCUCUCGAUACUUACGGACGACUGGUCUCCGGCGCUCUCCGUGCAAUCCGUCUGCCUAUCUAUAGUAUCCAUGCUUAGUAGCUGUAAAGAGAAGAAACGGCCACCGGAUAAUUCUUUUUACGUGAAAACAUGCAACAAAAAUCCUAAGAAAACGAAAUGGUGGUACCACGAUGACUCAGUUUAACACCGCAUCGCGGCUAUAUCGAGCACGGACGAUAAAUCUAAUAAUGUGAUAAGUGUUAUAUCGAUACAGUAUGAUAACAUAUGUAUAUACGAGUGAGUGCCGCGGCUUAGACAAUGGUGCGAAAUUGAAUCAGCUGUGUGAUGUUUAUUGUGCUAGUGUGCUGCCCUCUAUCGAUUUAUUAUCUGUGUUUAUUUCAUCUGUGCAAGGUUCUGUCAUAGACAAAACGUUAAUUUCAUCGUUUCACGUUAAACACUUGUAUUGGUACGACAUUAGAAGUCUGGGAAGUUGAGGGUAAAUAUAUCUGUCCUUUUCCUUCAUCUGUUUCCUGUUUCAAUGUUUAAGAGUAGGACAUGUAUAUGUUUAUUGCAAAACAAUUAGUUAUAAAAUGUCAUUCAAUAGACUGCAAGAUUUUUACCAUAGGUUCGAAAAACUAAAUGUUAGCUUUUAAAGACUUACUGUUAAGAGUCAUUCAUACCAUGUUUAAAUUAAAAAAAAUACAUUAUUUAAAUAUUUGAUAUAUAAUACUAUUAGUCACUGAUAUUUCUUAUCUGUAUAUUUUCAAUUGGCCAAAACGUACAUACCUAAUUAGUCUAGAGAGAGGAUACUAAGAUGAUAUUUAAGAACCCAUUCCAAUUCCGAAUAUUAAAUGAAAACAUUGAAUAAGAUAAAAUUACCUUAAAGUCGGUGAAAAUGUCUCACGGUUAAAAUUGAAUCUUAUUCCGGUAUUAAAAUCGGCGCAACGAAUACACUAUUGAGUCACCAAAGAACAAUUAGUGUAAUAAAUUAUAAAAUAAAGAAGUAUUAAAUAUUAAUUCAUAGAUCAAACAAUUGUCAACAUUUCGAGGUAUUGUAUAUUAGAGGCCAAUUUAACACAAACCAUAAACAAUCCUAAAACAUUUACACACUGGACUUUUUUUAUCUAUCACUCAAAACCAAAUUGAUUAAUUAAUCUGUAUUGUAAAAGACAAAAAUUUUAUAUAAUAUUGAGAUAAAAUAAAUUGACUAUAUAAUUUCGGUAUUAAAUAAAAAACUAUUAUAAAAUAUUUAUGCUAUAUUAUAAUUAUCGAUUUCGCUAAAUAGCGGAGCCAAGCCGAGUAGUUAUGAAGUAGAUUGAUGGAAUAACAAAUUAUUGAAGCAUGUGAAUAAAUUAUUAGCCCGAAUACUAUUCUUGUUUUAUUAUUUUGAGAAUCAAAGCCCUUUUUACACUGACAUGAAAAGCGUAUUUUUGUAAUAGAUGCGUUUUGAGUAACCUGACCAUAUAGGAUUUUUGCAUCUAUGGAAUAGUUUAUGAUCAAUUUUGUACGCGUUUGGGG